AUGCACACGCCUCCUGGCAAAGCCAAAGACUGCAUGCAUGAUCGAGCCUUUGAAGAGGCAGCCUCGUCUAACACGCAUUUCAUGGUGGACAAUCAAGGGUUUUCCUUGAUGCGCCGAAGAUCCCUCCUCACGAAACCUGGAGUUGCCACAAGACGAUCUGGGAAAGGGGCCACCAUCGGAAGACUUCCACCGUCGAUCGACCAGGGAUAUGAGCAUUCUUUCAGUCAUGUGGACUCUCAACUUAGAGAUCAGGAUGUCGUCUGUACGCAAUCGCCUACCCAGGUCCGCCCACCUACUCCGAGCGAUUCAGAGUACACACAUUUGGGCAACCUCAAGCUCGGAUCACUGCGAGUUGUAAAUGGCUCGGCAUCACCGAGCCCGAGUGAACGAUCUCGAUUGGAUGAGGCGCGAGGUUCUACCACUGAGCCCGACGAGAAUGCUGUGCAGUCAGGAGCAUCAUGGCGCAACCGAGAUGUACGUCAAAACAACGCAGACGCGAGCCCUACCUCGGAAUGGCCAGAAAACGCCACCUUGUGCUCUGUCCGUCGAUUAGUGGAAGAGUGUCUACAAGAUGCGUCAGAAGGGCAACCCGUCAAGAAGCCGCUUGCGUCAUUGUUGAGAAUCCCGUCGCUGUCGGACUCGAAGAAACUCGAUGACUUUCCCGCCAGUCCUUUCUCAUUCGAGAAGUCGCCUAUAAAUAUAUAUCCUCACGGUCAAGACCCGUAUCUGUCCUCUAAGGAAAUAGACGAUGAGGGCAUAUCAGUUCCGGAUGAUGGGGAAAUUUUUGACCACCGAGCGAUGCCAACUGCCACAGAGAAACCCGGCACAGUGAGAUCACCGAGACUCCACAGAAAAGCAGAUAGCGGCUACAGUUCUGCAACCUCGGUUCGGUCUCUGCAGGAUGGUCGCUCUCGAGACUCUAUCGAUUCCCAAGCAUCAAGAAGACAUUCUCCAGACUAUCACCCUUUCGCUCUUGGGGACACCGCGAAGACUUUCCAAAUUCGGGAGGAAUUGGGCAAUCAGCUUCUAAUGCGCCGCCAUGUGAGCCUUCAGGGCCACAGGGCGAGUUUGAUGGCUGAAGCGAGUACAAGUACAAUGUGCCAUGAACCUCCAGAAACAUCGUCUUAUCGCCGCAGUAGAAGCUCGUCGUACUCGGUUCCACAGAAUCCGAAUCGCACCUACUUUCGAACUCAUUACUGUGCGCAGUUGCGCAACCUUGAGCCGAUUGUCAACCGCACGCCUCACUCAUCGAUACGUCAAAUGGAACACUCCGACCUGGAAGCGGCAAGGGGUGUUCGAGAUAGAGAACACACUGCCCAGUCCAGUGACCCGCGUGAUCUAUCCGGUCACUCCGAAUUGGACCACACAAAGGAGGUCGUUGACGACCUCAGAUUCCAGAGCAACAGGCUUCUCAGGUCAGCAUCUGAAAGUAACUUCGCCCAUGAUAGGGGCUCCAGAUCCGCGAGCACUCGAGCUACGGGCCCAAAGAGAAAGGCAGGGGCCAGGAUAUGGUCGCAACGGCCGGGCAUCGAGGCCCCGCCUUUACCUGCGUCUCCUAUUUCAGACACUUUUAAAAGCUCAGCGUACCAAGACCGCAGUUUCGCCGCAUCAGAACCAGCACGCGGUCCAGGCCAAAGCCGGGGCGUCGAGCUUCAGCACCGAAGACUCGUGAUGGCGAAACCGCACACCCAGAAACGUUCGGACAUCUACCUGGCAACAUCCCCGUUCAUUUUCACUUGA